CCAUUCCAGCACUUAUUACACCAACCACUCACUCUCUAUUUCUUACUCUCACUCCACUGCUCUGCUCUGCUCUCCACUCCCCGGCAACUGUCCUCAUCUCCGCCUCGCCGGCCGGCAGCGCAGCGCAGCGCACCGCCCGCCGCCUCAUACCCUGCCCGAAGCUCCGUCGCCUCCCGCACUCUUCCCGUCACCACGCACCACGGCUCCCGGAUCUGGACCAGCCACACCGUCCUGCCGCCGCGCAUAGCAGCAGGUCGCAGCGGCACCGGUCACCGCCCUGGCAGCGUACAUCACCGGCGGACAGCCUCCGGCUCAACCCAAGACAAUCAACAAGGGAAAGCUUUUGCAGCUAGCUAGGCCUUUGAUUUGCGGCUACCAGCAACCAAGAUUUAUCUAAAAUCACAUUGGAUUGGUUCCUGGAUAUGUAAGCUGUUCCAGUCCUCCUGCAAUGAGAUCAUCAGGACUGGCUGUUAAGUGAUGAGUUAAGUGCAGCAACCUGAGGCAGCCCUUUUGCAGCUAAGCUAGGGCCUGGGCAGGCGAAAUCCAACACCGGACCUCAUCAACGUGCGCGUUACCUACUCCUCUCCUUCAGUUUGCAGCUACCAGCAGCCAGGAUUAAUCACAUUUGGUUGCUGACGGAUAAUCAAUCGCGGAUCGAUGCAGGUGCAGGCACGCACACCCAUCAGACGAUGUACGCCGCCCUCAGCACGGCGCAAUGGGUUGUGGGCAAGGCGCUGGCCCCCGUUGCAGAUGGCGUGCUGGGGGCUUGGGCAGCCGCCAGGAACUUUGGUCCUAACGUCGAGGCCCUCAGCAUGGAACUGCUGCUCGUGAAGGCCACACUCGAGCAAGCUGCCCUCAAGGAGCUUGGUGGGCCCGCCAUGGAGACGCUGCUGCAGAAGCUGCAGGAUUUGGCGCACAAUGCUGAAGACUUACUGGACGAGCUGGACUACUUCCGCAUCCACGACAAGCUCCACAACACGGACGAUGCUGCCGACCAGCACGGCAAGGGUGGCGUCCACGACCUCGCCUUCAAUGCUCGCCACACCGCCAAAGCUGUUGGCAAAAUGGUCAGCUGUUGCCCUUGGCAGCAUGCUAAGCGCCAACAGAGGUCAUGCGGCAGCUCCUCAUUGUCGCCAGGCGCUAAAAGUGAGGUCAGCGGAUGCCUGCCCAAGCUGAGUAAACUCCUCCCUUCUUCAUCUUCCCCACGUCCACCUUUUGGUGAUGACGAUCGUGACAAUGCACAAGAUACCCCAGAGCUCGAGUUUAAUAGGGUUGAUUUCUCUCAAAAGAUGAAGGCCGUCACAGAAAAAUUGCAGCUUAUGCGCAAUGAGGUUAACAAGAUUCUACAGGGUUGUGGCCCUAGAAUUGUCCUAGACAUUGCCCAGAGUCGUCCCAUCACCCGAGCUAAGAGUACAGAGCCAAAGCUGUAUGGGAGAGACCAUGUCAUGAAUAGCAUCAUACAUGAUAUCACCAAGGGUCAAUAUUGUGACAAGGGUCUAACCGUGCUUCCAGUUGUUGGUCCCGGGGGAAUGGGAAAGACAACUCUCAUACAAUACAUAUAUAACAACCAACAAGUGCAGAAUCAUUUUUCAGUCAAGAUUUGGAUAUGUGUGUCAUUCAAUUUCAAUCUGGAUAAGGUGCUAGAAGAGAUUAAAAGAUAUACCCCUGCAGUUGAAAGUGAAAAAAAGUGUAGCACAACUGAAGAGCUGAUUGAACAAAGAUUAAAAUGUAAAAGGUUCUUACUUGUAUUGGAUGAUAUAUGGCAGAUUAGUAACGGGGAUGACUGGAAAAAACUAUUGUUGACACUCGGUCAAUCGCAAGAAAAGGGUUCCAUGAUUCUAGUCACAACUCGGCUUAAAAACAUAGCAGAGCAAGUUAAAACAACUGACUGUCCAAAAGAAUUGAAUGGUUUAGAGCACGAAGAGUUUAACAAGUUAUUUCUUGCAUUUGUCUUUGAUGAUGGGCAAUAUCCAAGGGACAAACAAUUUCUUCUCGAGACCGGAGAUAAGAUAAUGGAAAAACUAAAGGGCUCCCCUCUUGCAGCAAAGACUGUUGGUAGAUUACUGAGUAAAGAACAUAGUUUGUAUCAUUGGAAAAGGGUCCUCAAAAGUAAAGAAUGGGAAAAGCAAACCGAUGGAAUUAUGUCUGCCUUGAGGCUUAGCUAUGACUUUCUCCCUUUCCAUCUGCAGCAAUGUUUUUCCUAUUCUGCAUUAAUUCCUGAAGAUAUGUAUAUGAAUAGCUAUGAUCUCAUCAGCCUGUGGAUUGGACUAGAUAUUUUGAUACCUAGUGAUCAAAAUCAAACAUUUGAAGAUAUAGGUUUGAGCAAUUUAAAUGAGUUAGUCAAUUAUGGAUUUUUCAGGGAAGAGGAAACUGAUGGUGAUCAGCGGUAUGUUAUGCAUGACCUAUUACAUGAUUUGGCAGUGAAGGUUGCAUCGCAUGAUUGUCUUUGUUUACGUCUCCCUAAUGUUGGAUCAGUGGAAAUUCAGCCAACCACCCAACACUUGUCUAUAAGCACACAUGACUUAGGAAAAUAUGAUGCAGUGUCAGGUGAAAAAUUAAGAAGUGAAUUGGAAGAACUGAAGACAAAAUUGAAUGUUGAACAUUUGCACACAUUGAUGGUAUUUGGUAAAAUGGAUGGAAGUUUUGCCAAGAUCUUUGGUGAUUUUCUUUGGGAAGCAAAUACUCUUCACGUUCUUUAUUUGCUUGACAUGACGUAUCCCAUGGAGUCCAUGAUACAUAACUUUUCAAGACUUGUCCACCUACGAUGCCUAUGUCUAGGGACAUGUGACAGAGAGAUGCAUUUACCACUCAACAUCUCUAAAUUUUACCAUUUAAGGGUUCUAGAUCUUGAGCAAUGGUGUGGGAGUUCUGAUUUGCCCAGAGACAUGAGCAAUCUUGCAAAACUGUGCCAUAUUCAUGCCAGAAGUGAGCUUCAUUCAGAUAUUUAUAAUGUGGGAAAACUUAAACUCUUAGAAGAGUUGAAGGUAUUUCGAGUCAAUAAAAAAAGUGAAGGAUUUGAACCAAAGCAACUAGAGCAUUUAAGCAAGCUCAGGGAGCUUGUCAUCUAUAACCUGGAGAGAAUUCAUACAAAAGAAGAAGCAGCUCAAGCAAAAUUGAUGGAGAAAAGAUACUUGAGGAGGUUAACAUUGGACUGGGACAGUAAUCGAUCUAGUCUUGAGCCUGGUGUGGAAGCAGCGGUUCUUGAGAGCCUUCAACCUCAUGGAGAUCUUCAAGUGUUGUGCAUUAGAGGGCAUGGAGGUCCUUCUUGUCCAACAUGGCUGGGUGAUGAGUUCGCUGUUGAAGCUCUACAAUCUCUUUUUCUGGAUGAUGUUUCUUGGGAAGUUUUCCCUUCUUUAGGGAAGGCGUGGGAUCUUCGUGAAUUAUGUUUUGAGGAUAUUGACAGACUGAAGGAGUUUAUCAUAGUGAAAAGCUUUUGCAUGCUAACAAAGCUUAUACUCAUUGGCCUUGGAAGUUUUGAAAAAUGGGUUUACACAGGUGGAGACUUGUUGCCACCGGAUGCUCAUAUGUUCCCUCUUUUGCAAGUUCUGGUCAUUAGGAAGUGCCCAAAACUGUUGGGGUUGCCUUUCUCAAACCACAUUGUUUCCCCAGAUUGGUUCCCUAAGCUACAAGAGCUUGAGGUAAGCGACUGCCCCGAAUUCUUGCCAGUGAUUCACAUCUCCCGGAUCGAAAGGCUGCAUUCUGUCACGAUGAAAUGUGUAAAGAUGCUAAAGGAGUUUGCAUACUCGAAAUCAUCCGGUGGAGCAGAGUUGAAAAUUACCGGAGAGAGUGAUCUUCUUAGCUUAGACCAAGUGCUGGUUUUUGAUAAAGAAACAGUUACAGAGAAGCUGACACUCGAGAGGUGCCCACCUCUGGGGUUGAAGCACCUUCUGAUGCUAACCUCGCUGAGGACAUUGAUUGUACAAGAUUCAGUUGGUCUAGUUGGACCACCAGGAGGAGGUCAGAGUGAUGUGGAAUGGCAACUCCCUGUUGAGUAUAUCAAGAUCAACGACUUAAAUGGUAAUAGUGGGAAGGAAUUGACAGAGCUCCUCCCCCACCUCCCAAAGCUCUCCAAUUUGGAGAUAUCGAAUUGUAAACACAUAAAAAAGCUGGUAGUGGGGGUGGAUGUGCAACAAACAACAUCAGAAGCAUCAGAGAUGGGGGGAGGUGAAAUAACAGCAGCAGCAGCAGCAGAGGAACACGAUGAUGGGGUGCUGCUCUUCCCAGCUCAUCUGUGUGACUCACUACAGGAAUUGGACUUCAGUAGCUGCUCAGAGCUGGUCCUGGUGGACCCGCCAACUCUUGUUCCUGGUGGAGGAGGAUGGCUCCAAGCCUUGCGAUCCCUCAAAAGAUUAACAAUACGGUGGUCCCCAAAGUUUCUAUCCACCUUCUCGUUUUCCCAUCACCUUUUACCUUCCUCCCUGCAGUUCCUGAAACUCUCGGAUGUGAAAGGCAUGGGGACACUGGAGCCCCUCUCAAACCUCUCCUCUCUCACCACAUUACAAUUGCUUAGUUGUGGAGAGGAUCUGAAAUGUCAGGGCUUGCAGUCUCUCCUUACUACUGGGGGCCAGCUCAAUGAAUUAAAAGUCGCUGGCAGCCCUAGAUUCUUUGCUGAUUGGGAUCCUAAUUCUGGACGGGCUUUGAAGGAUGCUGAGGGAGGUGAAGAGCAGCAGACACAGCAUGUUUCAUCCACACUGCAUGAGCUCUGGACAGAUGACAUAGCAGGACUUCUUGCUGCACCCAUCUGCAGAUUCCUCUCUUCCUCCCUCACCAAGCUGCAACUUCGGGGGGAUUGGUGUGAAGGGAUGGAGCGGUUCAUCAAGGAGCAGGAGGACGCCCUUCAACUCUUCUCCUCCCUCCAGAAACUAGUGUUUUGGAAUUUCAAGGACCUUCAACAACUCCCUGCAGGGCUGCGUAACCUUACCAGCCUCAAGAUAUUAUCAGUCAACCUCUGUCCAGCCAUCUUGUCCUUGCCCAACGAUGGCCUCCCGGAUUCGCUGGAAAUGCUAGAUGUCUACAAAUGCAGCGAGGAGCUAAAACAGCAGUGCAGGGGGUUGGAGGGAACCAUCCCAAGAGUCCAUAUACUCUGAUCCAAGGACAAUGCCAUGGAGUUCCCUUGUACAUUCUUCUAGCCUUGUAGCGCUCUUCCCUUCCCAUUCAAACACAUGCAUGACACAAGGGCCUUGUGGCUGUGGUCUUCCUUUCGUCUACUUAGAUCUGGCAGAGCCAUUACAUGCAAAUUAGCUGCAGGAACCUUCAUUCGGGGUGCUCACAUCAAUAUCAAUUAUAUACACUUCCACUUAAACUCGCAGCAAAAAAAUGCACUUUUACUCCUGUAAUAUCAGAUUUCCAUUUUCUUCUCAACGGUGUUCGUUCGAUCGUAUAGGCUUCUUCAUAUCUUGCAUUUAAGUUUGGGUUAUUAUCAUUCAUCAAGACGUGGCAGUCUACUUCCCUAUUUUGGGUGUCACAAUCAAAAUAGCAGUAGGACAUCAGUAUGGAAUAAAUGAGACUUCGGGUCAAGCUGCUGAUAUUAAGGUGUUCUUAUGUUUGUUUGGUGGGCUUUCAAGCCACUUGUGUUUACAUUUUGUCCAAAACUCAUGAAGACUGAAGGUGUGCCUGGAAAAUGUUCAGUUUUAGGGAUCAAAGAAUCAUCUUGGUAUAGUUAUGGAAAACAAUGAAUUGUCAGUGUGUUGCUGCUGAUCAUGUUUGCUGUUUUGCCAUCCAGGACCUUCAGAAGAGUGACCGGCAUAGCAUAUCAAAUGCACUUGUGGAGCCAGUUCAGAUCAUAAGCAGUAGUAACAGUCUCAUGUGAAUCAGGAUGUCGAUUAAUGCCGGGGAUUUACUUGGUGCCCCCAACUAUUUACAUGCGAAACCUGCCUAUCUAGUUAUGGGACUAUCAAUCUCCUUGGAAGCAACAGAUUGAGUUCGGGGGAAGGUGUGGUUGGCAGUCUUCUUCCAGUGCAAUAGCCACAGGAGAUUGGUGGUGUUCGGCGGAUGCAGUUGUGCCAAAUCCAUCUUAAGCGCUGUGGAAUUGCUGCAGCCAUUGCCAAUAGCAUCCCCCAAAGCACAUUCUUAAGCUGCUGCUGCAUAUGAUGUUUUCGAAGGUAUCCUCGUGCUGCUGCUGCUGCUGCAUUGUGCAAAUAGACUAUCAAGGCCAUAAUGGCAAACAAGCAAAGCGAGAUUAUCAUUUCAUCAAUGCGCAGCUGACAGCCUUUCAUCACGAAAAAAUGACACCGCAAAGCUGUGAGUUAUUUGAGAAGGUUUUUUACUCACGGUUCUCGCCAAGAACUGCAGCUCCAGCAGAACACUGCCAAUUACUUACACACCUUGUUAGGAACCAGACUGCAUCUUCUUCUGAAGAAAUCGACACUUCCCAUGUUGUUAUCUGAAGAAAUCGACACCCGGCGGUUAUCUUCAUCAAAUCUAACAGCAACAUACCACCGCUUUCCACGGAGUUCCGACACACUGCCACACCCUUGAUCAUGCAUCCAACGGCUCUGAAGACUAGAGCUGCCACUAUUUGAAUUACUUUUACUGUCUCCUUGUUCACCAGCUUUUACAUUAGUAGAAGUAUAAAAUCUACCUUUCACUAGCUCAACAAAGAAGUUACCUUUCACUGGUUGUAAUGGGUACAAAACGCCAGAUCGACAUGAUAGCCCUGGAGCUCAACUUCCUGUACUUGGGGUAAAUCCCGGCCGCCAUGUCCUGGCUGGCGUGAACGCGUACCCUUAAUUCGCUAUAUAUUUUCUGUCGCGGCCAUCCUCUGAAUUCACCUAGCUGCUAGGUGUGAUCUGAGAGUAAUUUAGUUUUCUCAACUAGUUGGGACUCUUGUCACUCCUUUGCUGCUACUUGUUCUUCUCAGCAGAAGAAUGCUGCUGAUCUCAUCUGGCUUGCUUGAAGCCAUGACCUCCAGUUGUGUUCCGGAAAUCCUGUAGAUCAUCGCCAAAUUAGGGCCCAAGAUAGAGAGGAGAGGAGCACCAUUUACUGCAUUUUAUGCAUCAACAUUUUGUGAUCUCGUCAAAUAUAUGAGCUUCUUUUCUUUGCCGUCAA